CUCACACAAAAGUUAUGGAGAAGAUAGUGUUGUUCCUGCUUUUGUGCAAAGCUGUGUCACCAGAAAAAUACCACAUAGAGAUUCAUAUUUUUCUCUAUCCUGGAGUCCAAAAUUCCACAGAUUUUGCAGUGACCUUCACACUUGAGGGUUUUUUAUUAUUUUACAUUGAUAUUAAUGGAGCAAGAGUCUACCAGGACUGGAUUUAUACGUUAAUGAAAGAAAAAACACAUUUUUGGAAUUCCAUAAUAAAAGAGUGCAUUGAUUACAAACAGGUCUUAACAAUGGAUACAAUCAAUUUCAAUGAUCCGUUACUUACAUCACCAGGUGAUGUGAUCAUUCAGCAGAUUAUAGGCUGUGACUGGGACAAUAAAGCUGAUAAAGUUAAUGGUCACAUAAAAUAUGGUAACAAUGGAGAAGACUUCAUUGAACUUGACUUGAAGACAAAGAAAUGGAUUGCAAUGAAUCCAAAGGCUGAAGCUGUUACCAAGGAGUGGAAUGAUAAUCCAGGCGAUGCCUCUUAUUGGCAAAGCUACCUGGAGGGUGUUUGCCUGGAAAGGUUAAAAAUGUUUUUGAGCUUUGGAAAAACACACCUAAGCAAAAAAGUCCUUCAGAAUGUGUUUCUACUGCAGAAGACUCCCUCCUCUGCAGUCUCUUGUUAUUCAACUGGUUUCUUCCCUAACAAUGGCAUGAUGUUCUGGAGGGGAGAUGGAGAGGAGAUUCACGAAGGGGUAAAACAUGGAGAUAUCCUUCCCAAUGAUGAUGGAUCCUUUCAGAUGAGUGUUGAUCUGGAGGUUCCCUCAAUCCCACCCAAAGAAUGGGGAAGAUAUGAAUGUGUCUUUGAGCUCUCUGGUGUACAAACUAAACUCAUCACCAAACUGGACAAAGAUAAAAUCAGAAGCAACAAUUCAAAGAAUAGCAUAGCAGAUGAUGGUCGAUUAACUACGAAAAGCAUGUCUGUCAUUGCUGCAAUGGGAGGUGUUAUCAUCAGCAGCAUUUUUGCCUAGGCACUCAUCACUUUUAAAACGACCAAAUGCCUCUGACACCAUUUCUCUGGAACAAAUUGAUCCAAACAUCGCUUCAGCAAGAUUAAACAUUCCAGUUGGAUGACCUCUUAACUGUUCAUAGCUGUUUGGAUAAUGUACAGGGAAGUCUUGACUGUCUAAUAUGUUAGACUGCGUUAGUUUUACCUUAAAGGUUUUUAAUUCUUCUGUGAUAUUACUAUUUACUUUUUUUCAAUACUUAAUUGCACUUAAAAGCAUAAAAUAUGUAUACCUGUGAAUAAUUAAUUCAUAAUUUCUAUAACUGAAUUAUUCAAACAUUUUAUAGAAGAUAUGUUAACUUACUCUAAUUGUAUCGCCAAUAGAUCUGAUCUGUAUUUGCUGCCUUUCACCUUUUAAUUGUAUAUCUUACCUCAGUUACAGGUUAGUAAGAGUAUAUGCAUAAAUCUAACAUAAUGGCUAAAGUUGUGGUUCACUGCAGUAUAUUUGUGCUUAUAGCUUGCCCCAGUACAAUUGGCCCUGUUUCUAACUAUGCUAAUAAACCACAUCAAACCAUGAUUAAGGUCUUGAUAAGAUAAAAGUUGAUGUUAUACUUUAGGUCAAAAGAUAAGAUAGUAAGAUUAUUUCAAAGAGUGAUUUUUUUAAGGUAACAAAGUUGAGGAUUUAAUAAAGAAAUUUACCU